UGAACGAAGAAGACCUAAAGAAAAGAAUAGCUGAAGAACUGGCUUUGGAACACGCCAGGAGAGAUGCUGAAACUCAGAAAAGAUUGAAACAAGGUGAAAGGCAUGCACGGGAUGAAAUUAGUAAAGUCCUUGAGAGAGAGCGGGUUGCCUCAAAUGAGCAUUUGGCCAGAGCCCUUUUUAGAGAGAGAUCCGCAAAUGAAGAGGAGCGCCUGAAAGCACAGAUGUUGGCCAAGCAGCUGGAGGAGAAAGACGGAGAGCUGAAAAAGCAUGAUGCCUACUACAAAGAACAGCUGGCUCGACUGGAAGAGAGGAGCGCACAGUACUACAAAGUUACCACAGAGGAAUUCCAAAAAGCCGUCAACGAGGUAGAAGCCAGAUUCAAGUAA